AAAACUCCUAUUAGGAAUUAUACUAUUAUCUCAGACUGUGGGGCAAUAAUCUGGGAGAUUCUGGAGUGGAACAUCUGUCUGUGGCUCUGAGAAACCCGCAGUGUAAAAUACAGAGUCUGGGGGUGGCAUCUAACCUUCUGACAGCUAAUUGUACUGAGGAUCUGGUCUCCACUCUCAGUACAAAUUGCUCACUGAUGGAGCUGAACCUGAGUAAUAAUGAUCUGGGAGAUUCAGGAGUGAAGCGACUGUGUGAGGCUCUGAGGAACCCGGAGUGUAAAAUACAGAGUCUGUGGCUGAGCUAUAAUAGUCUGACAGCUGAUUGUACCGAGGAUCUUGUCUCUGCACUGAGUACAAACUAUUCACUGAUGGAGCUGAACCUGAGUAAUAAUGAUCUGGGAGAUUCAGGAGUGAAGCGACUGUGUGAGGCUCUGAGGAACCCGGAGUGUAAAAUACAGAGUCUGUGGCUGAGCUAUAAUAGUCUGACAGCUGAUUGUACCGAGGAUCUUGUCUCUGCACUGAGUACAAACUAUUCACUGAUGGAGCUGAACCUGAGUAAUAAUGAUCUGGGAGAUUCAGGAGUGAAGCGACUGUGUGAGGCUCUGAGGAACCCGGAGUGUAAAAUACAGAGACUGUGGCUGUGUGAUAACAGUCUGACAGAUGGCUGCACCGAUGAUCUGGUCUCCGCUCUUAGUUCAAGCUGCUCACUGAGGUUCCUGUCCCUGGGGACUAACUCCUUCACAGAUGGCUCUGUCCCCGCUCUCCGCCGCCUCAUACUGACCUGCACCAGCCUGGAGGAGAUCAGGUUGUGGGAGAAUCAGUUCAGUUCAGAUGGAGGGAAACAGCUGAACUUACUGCAGGGAACCAGAGCUGGACUGAGGGUGUCAGUGUGGAUCACAGAAUGAGGAGAGAUUGGCGAGACUGUGUCUGGUUAAUAUUAACUACCUUCUCUUGGCCCCUCUUUUAACUGACAUCAUCAACCUCUCCUUAUCCACUGGCACUGUUCACACCCUCUAAAAACCUUCCCUGGAUCCAUCACUGCUCUCCAGCUAUCGCCCCAUCUUCACCUCCCAUUCCUCUCCAAUACCCUGGAACAAGUCGUCA